ACUGUAGCAAAGUCACAAAGAGAUUUGCCAUUGAGUGAAUAUGAGCAUGGAGCCCCUUAUUUAGUAUCUGUGAACCACUGCCCACUCUAGCAAGGCAGGUGAUUUCUGGGGAACAGUCUUUUUCCCCACUACCUUUUAAGGUAUUUUAUAAGUUUGUGAGGUCAGCUCACUGGUUCUCAUUGGUACCAUGUUGUUUGCAUUUGUGGAAGGUUUGGUUCCCUGCUCGUAUUCAGAGCAGGUUUUGGAGGCAGCGUAGUAAGGCAGGCGGUCUUCUGCUUGGCAACAGAGGCAUUUCUGGCAGCACCAGGAAAGUGAAUUAAAAAUAGGAGCAAAUCCCUUCCCACUGCUGCAGUUUAAGCCCCUCUGGCAACUAAGCAUCAUCACAGCUGUUCACUCACCACCACCUCCUGGUGAGAAGGAAAAUAGGAAAAAAAGUAAAACCCAUGGGUUAAAAGCAGUUUAACAAUGGGAAGCAAAGUAAAUAUAAUAAUACGAAUGAUAGUAAUUGCAAUGAAAGAGGAAUAAAACCUAAGAAAGACAAGUGAUGCACAAUACAGUUACUCAUCAUUGAACUGAUGUCACUGGCUGGAUUGAUGUCCAGCCCCUCCCCCAGUGAUGAGGGAUGAGUAGCAGCAGUGCCCAGUUAACUCCUCUUCCCUCCAUUUAUAUACUGGGCACAAUGUUCCCUGGUAUGGAAUAUCCCUUUGGCCAGUUCAGGUCAGCUGUGCUGACCAUGCUUCCUGCCAACUUAUGUACCUUCUCACUGGCAGAGCACAAGAAACUGAAAGGCCUUGACUUAGAAUAUUGUAGAUAAUACACUGAUGAAUUAGUUGUUGCUUACUCUCAUACUAAAUCCAAAAAACACAGCACUGCAGCAGCCUCUAAGAAACGUAGCUCUUCUAGCCAAAACCAGGAUGUGCACAUAGCCCCAAGCACUUGUGUGUUGUCUCACUUCUGUCAUCACUCAAUGUGGAGAAGAUGAGAUGGAUGUCUGUGGCACACCCACCGAAGAUGACAAAUGCUGCGCAGCAGGUCUAGGGAAGGAGAUGCUGGUGUGCCAGCGUGAGACAGGAGGCUUGACUGAGGGUGGGUGCUGGGGCCCCAGCCACAACAGGGCAGAGAGGAGAUUCUGGACUGUUUAGUGGCUGGCCCAUGCGGAGGUAUCAGCAUGGCUGCAUUAGUUGGGUGCCAAUACAGUACAUUGGCCUCCAUCCCUGAGGGAUAAUGGACUGCAUUUCAGGACUGUGGGAAGCACCAGUGGAAGAUAAAACUGACCUGUGAUGGAUAGAGAGACUUCACCGCUUUGCCUUCACCUCCUGGCCAAGAAGAUCCAAAGAGCUCUCUGGUGCCAUCUACCUCACCCUGCUUGCUGACUUUGGAUUAAGGGAUAUGGGGAAUAGCAGGCAUGGGGGGUCAACUGCAUCUUUCUGAUUGUCUGCGACCUGGCACCCAACAUGCCACGGGUGUGCGUGUUUCGCUUGCUCUGUGCAAAGUCAGUGACAUGAGAAGGCGGAUGGAGGCAUAAAUGAGGUGUCUUCCCACUGUGUGUUUCCCGUAGCACGGAGAGAGCUUUCAGAGAGCUGUCGUGAUCCCAAACCCCGGGGGACUGCUGGGCAGAAGCCCAGGAAGGCUGAGGCAAGCGCAGGGGGCGGCAGUGCUGCUGCAGAGGGGCAAGGCCGACGGCUGGCAGGACAGCCGGGAUGAGGCGGCCCGGGCACGCGUGGCAUAUACCCACCACAGUGUUAGAUGCCAGAGGGUAACGCCGGGAGCCGCAGCCGCAGCUGCUCGGGUCUCGCGGAGCCGCACGAGGGCGACGGCGGUGGCGGGGCCGUUGCUCCGCCCAGGGGCAGGCUUCGCGCUCUCCCGCCUCCAACGGGCCACCGUCCCCUCCUCCGGUUCCCGGCGCCACCAUGGAGGAACAGAAAGACGCCCGCCAGCCCGCCGCCCGGUAUGAGGCGGCGGCUGUUCCCGCAGCCUGCCCGCCGGCAGCAUUGUAGGAUCAGUGAUCAAGAAACUAAUGGCAAAACCUCAGCUGCCAGUUUGAACGACUUCAGUGAUCCAAUUUACAAAGAAAUUGCUAUAACCAAUGGUUGUAUCAACAGAAUGACCAGAGAAGAGCUCAGAAGUAAACUCGAAGAGUUCAAACUUGAAACCAGAGGAGUGAAAGAUGUACUGAAAAAGAGAUUGAAAAACUAUUACAAGAAACAGAAGCUAAUGCAGAAGGAAUCCACUAAUGGAGACAGCUGCUAUGACUACAUAUGUGUUGUUGACUUUGAAGCAACAUGUGAAGAAGGAAACCCACCUGAAUUUGUACAUGAAAUAAUUGAAUUUCCUGUUGUCUUAGUAAACACACGUACCCUGGAAAUAUCGUUUUUCCCUCUUACAUCCACAUUUCAACUCUUUGGUGCCUGCUGGCUGAGAGGAAGGCCAUGUUCUGGUUGGAAAGCUAUCUAUCCCAUUAGGUAUCUGAUGAUGGCUAAUCAGGAGGCUCACACGGGCUCAGGAGUUGCACACUCCUUUUUGCCUGCAGCAGGACAAGUAGCUGGUGUUGCCUUUGGGCUGCAGGAGGACACCUUUCAGCAAUACGUGAAGCCAGAGAUUAAUCCCAAGCUUUCAGACUUCUGCAUCAGUCUGACAGGAAUAACCCAGGACAUUGUUGAUAAAGCUGAUAUUUUUCCUCAAGUUCUGCAGAAUGCCAUAGAGUGGAUGAGACAACGAGAACUGGGAACAAAGUAUAGCUAUUCUGUCUUGACUGAUGGAUCUUGGGAUAUGAGUAAAUUUUUGAACAUCCAGUGCCGUAUUAGCCGUAUCAAAUACCCUUCUUUUGCCAAAAAGUGGAUCAAUAUUCGCAAAUCCUAUGGGAACUUCUACAAGUUGUCUCUUCGGGAGAGAAAUUUGUGCCAGGGAUUGGGAAGAUGAAGAGGUCUAUAUAUGGUUUUAACAAAGCAGGAGGAAGUUUUCUUCCACUCUAGUCUGGGAGAUGGUGAUAUCCCUGCAAGUAUUGGAUCAAGACUUCCAAAAUUAAUGAUCCCCAGACAAUGAAUGCUCUUCCACUAUGAAAACAUAAUCAUUGUAAAAGUCUAUGAUUUAACUCCCUUUCAGGCAGUAAAAAGAAAUGCUGCCAUGCUGUCCUCCAGCCAAGAGACGUGCCCCACCUUGGUGGAUACUGUCACACACAACAGCUUUUGUUGUUUAGUGACAGGAUUUGGCAAAGAGUGAAUGAACUCCUCUGUGCUUGGCUCAUUUAGUCUGUGCAUGAAACAUUUCCAUAGACAUUGUACCAGAUGUGUCAUUCUGGAUCGAGCUUCUGUCUUGAACCAAGGUAGUCAUGCUCAAAACUGUAGAGCUGCUUUUUUGAGUGAAGAGACCAUAGACCCUCUUGGUAGCUGUGGUAGUGAGCAAAAUGCUCUGAGGUGGAAACAUCAGCUUUUGUGUCUGAAGGAUGAAGAGCAUGGAUCUUAGCUAUGUGCCGCUGGGUAUAAAGGAAGCUUGUCCCACUUGCUCAUACUGGAUAUGAAAUGUCUUCACAUCUUAACAACUGAGCUGGUGGCUGCAGCCACAUGGCCAUUGCUGUGGGGAGCUUUCAAUUUGUUUCUCCUCUUCUGCCAUCUCAGAAUAUUUUUUUUAAUUAUAUAAAACCUUCUUGAACCUAUCAUGCAUUUCAGCCAGUUCCUUGUGCUCUAGAGCCAUAUAUGCAGUUGUGAUUCUACGAGUGCUUCCCCCACCCCUAAUCUUUCAGUUUUGGAGCAUGUGUAGAAAUGACUGAAUUGUCUUCAUGCAUUCUAGCUAACCUCUGGUCCUCUAUCCACAUUACCUAACUUCUAACCUGGCAGACAACCACUGCUUUGUUCACUUGUGGGUUUUUUUGGCAGGACAAAAUGUCUAUAACCUACAUACCUUGAAGUACAACUGUCUGCUUUCUGUCCCUGUUUUGCUUUUCUAGUCAAGCUUUCCACUCUGUCCUGUACCAGCUGUGGUCUGUAUGUCUGCAUGUUCCUUUUUAUUUUACCUCUUCCUUCCUCUACUCCUCUAUGCUGUGGUCCUGACCAUGUCAUCUUACCAUAGUUAAGCAUCUCCUCACUGUCAGACAUACAACCUCCCAAAGCAUGUGCUGAACCCUGUGGUUGCUUUAAGGAAAUGGACAAGUGUAGUGAGUUUUUGACACUGACAGUGGUUUACAGGGAAGUUACUAGCCCUGUUCUAAAGAGGAAAUUCAGGCUUAGAAUUAAAUUGCUUUUCAAGUUUAUGCAAUGAUUAAGGAAAGUGCUAGAAAUGGAAACCAGCUACCUUGUCUCCCCAGCUGCUGUCUUCCCUAAACCCUCUUCUGUUUCUUUUCAGUAGACAGAACCUGAACUCUUUCCCUCUCAACAUUUUAGUAUAGGUUACAACCUGAACUCAUUCCCUCUCAACAUUUUAGUAUAGGUUACCACCAGAGGAAGAUGCUGUGGCACUGCUGUUGUAAUUUUGGCUGAGCUCUUGAAGACAGGCCCUUCUACAUCAUCACUGGACCUCAGGAGGAAAACUGCACGCUUCUUAAAACCCACUGCUUCAACUAAACCACAU